UGUAGAACUCCAGUGUACUGGUGAUGUUGGGAAUCCACCACAAACCAGACCGUGGUCGUGGCAAUGGAAGUAUGCUGAUGGAAGUAUGAUGGAUAUGUGGAGGUCUUACCCCUAUACUGACAGGGUCACGGAUAAUCUAGUCACUCCUGGACAGUGUACGAAUCAGGAACGAUCCACUCUAAGACACGUUGUAUCUGUGGAUGACAAUGGCCGGAUGUUCCGGUGUCUUGUUAAGAACAAUGAAACUGUACUCUGCCAACUUUACCAUCUACACUGAAACGGUUACAACAGUCAGACCGGGAGUGGUAACGUGUGAAAUUCCAGUUUGCCGUCCUCAGACAGACAGUUUACUAGGAACAGGCAUUGGUAUUGGCGUAGGAAUAAGUGUGUUAACAGGCCUAGUUGUCGGCGCAGUGAUCUUCGUCGUCUUCCGUAUCAGAAAAGUUAAAGGUGAAAAUGAACAUCAGUAUUCUUCAAGACAAGAGAACGCUGGUGUAGAGGAAUCUGCCCCGUACGAUGAUCUUAGACAAGGUCACGGUCUGUAUAAUAAUAAUAAUAAUAAUAAUAAUAAUAACUAGAAUAUCAAGAGUUUUUACGUGAAACUGACAUACAAUACCAAAUUCGCGAUAGAGGCCAAUACACAUAACCUAUAAAUACAAUUAUUUAAUACCAUCAAUCCCCCUGGUAUGCAUAACUACCUAUCAAAUUUCACUUUCAUGGGCCCAGAACGUUUCUUACAAAAUGACAAAACAGACGGCAUAAACAUAUUUUUAAUACAAAACAACAACAAAAUUCGCAUUAACUAUACACAUAGUUUUUUAAUACAGUCUAUUCCCCCGAAAUACGCAACUGCCUACCAAAUUUGAGCUAAAUCGGUCUGGAACCGUUCUUACAAGAUGACACAACAGAGGCGACAAGAAAAAAAGAAAAAAGAAAAAAGAAAAAGAAGAAAAAAAAAAAAAAAAAAAAAAAACCAGAGAGAAGAUUUUAUGAUUUUCAGCAGUAGCGUUUGCAUGUAAGCAAAGCGAGUUUUGGUAACCAUGGCCGCGCCACACUCAAACCCGUGCACACGCGUCUUGACCUCUUUUAGACAGAUUCAAACACAUCGCAAAAUAUAUCUAAUACGCUGACUCGUAUGUAUAGAACUAGAGCACGUACUUAAACAUCCCAAGACUUUAGCGAAUGGUCAUGUUUAUAAUUAAAUGGUCUAAAUAGUUGUUUAAAAUGUCACACUGUUAGAAAUUUAUAUUAUGAAUAGUCUUUGUUUAAGAGGUCACACUGUUAGAAAUCUAUAUUAUGAAUAGUCUUUGUUUAAAAUGUCACACUGUUGGAAAUCUACAUUAUGAAUAGUCUUUGUUUAAGAGGUCACACUGUUAGAAAUUUAUAUUAUGAAUAGUCUUUGUUUAAGAGGUCACACUGUUAGAAAUCUACAUUAUGAAUAGUCUUUGUUUACGAGGUCGCACUGUUAGAAAUCUACAUUAUGAAAUGUCUUUGUUUACGAGGUCGCACUGUUAGAAAUCUACAUUGUGAAUAGUCUUUGUUUAUGAGGUCACACUGUUAGAAAUCUAUAUUAUGACUAGUUUUUAUUUAAGGGUGACACUGUUAAAAAUAACAAUUAAUUGUUUAGUCAAACUAGCACAGC